GAGGAAGAUGAUGAUGAGGACAACGACGUGCCGUUUCCCUGGGAGGACGAGCAGACACUCAUAGAUGAACUCUCACGUGAUGGUGGUGGCGAACCAGACGACGACGAAGUUCUCAGGCUCAUCGAUUCGCUCCAAACCUCCUUUACGUGCUACUCCAAUACCCUUGUUGACGACAUCGCACAGACCCUUGUUCCUGCUGUCAGACGUGUCAAGGAAGCCCAUCAUAUUCUCAACACCCAUGUCGAUGAGGAUUUCGGGAAGGGAUUGUGGGAGUUCCAUGACGCGUGUAAAAAGAUAGAAGUAGCGAUGUUGAAGGAUGCGAAUAAGGUGAAGGAGGAGUAUGAAGCUGUGCAGGUACACAUCGCGGAUAUCAUGGCCAAACUUGAGGAUGCAUAUGCCCAAAGGGACCAGCUCUGGGUCGACUUUGAGGUCAAGUUCAAUGGGAUUGGUACACUCAACCUCGUCUCUUCACGUGUUCUCCUUUUCGAACUUGUUACAGUGGACCCAACGAUUGACAUGCUCAAAGACCUUCCCGUCAGAAUGGAACGUGCUAUCUCCGAGGUCGAUAAACAGAGCAAGAAACUAAAUAAGGACGAUGUUGGACCGGAGCAGACUCUAAAGGACCUCUUAACAAAACUGACUUGA